AAAAGGGCAAGAGGAAAUAAAGAAACCACGGUUAGAACUUUUCCGCAUUUCCACCACUUAGAAUCUCAGUAUUCGUAUUCUCAGAAACAAAAAUAAACACUGCGCUCUAAGUUCACAGUACAAAUGAAGCCAUCGGAACCAUCAUCGUCGUCGUCAUCGUUCCCAUCACCGCUACCUUCCUCAUCGUCCUCACAAGACUGGAUCUACGACGUGUUUUUGAACUUCAGAGGUGAGGACACCCGCUACGGCUUCACGGACCACCUUUAUGAGGCAUUAAAUGUUGCCGGAGUCAGGACGUUUAGGGAUGACAAGGGACUAAGAAUAGGGGAGAACAUAUCAGAGGAAUUGGUGCGGAUAAUCCAAGUGUGUAGGAUCUCUCUCAUCGUCUUCUCAGAGAACUAUGCGGAUUCAAGUUGGUGUCUUGAGGAGCUGGUGCACAUCAUGGAGUGUAGAAAAACACUGGGGCAGUUGGUUUUCCCAAUAUUCUAUCAUGUUGAUCCUUCUGAUGUCAGGCAUCAGAGGGGUAGUUUUGAAAUGGCAUUCGGAAACACGGGGGACGAAUUUGAUGACAUUUUCAGUGGGAAAUAUUUAGCUAUACUUCGUUGGAGUGCUGCUCUUCUAGAAGCUGCAAAUUUGGCUGGCUGGCAUCUUCGUUUGGAUGAGAGUGAAGUAGAGACUAUCAAACGCAUAGUCAAGCAGAUAAGAAGCAGGCUAAACACUACAUACUUAAACGUCGCCAAGUACCCGGUGGGAAUAGACCAACACGUUGAAGAUAUUAGUAAGUGUUUAGGUGAUGUUGGAUCAGAUAAUAAUGAUGUUCGCAUGGUCGGAAUUUGGGGUAUGGGUGGAAUUGGCAAAACAGCAGUUGCAAAAGCCAUCUAUAACAAAUUCUAUCAUGACUUUGACAGUAGAAGUUUCCUAGAAGAUGUUAGGGAAACUGCAAAGGACCUAGGUGGUAUUAUAGCUCUGCAAGAAAGACUUCUUUCUGAUGUCUUAAAACCUACCAAGAUAGAGGUAGGUAAUGUUGCCAGAGGGAUCAAUGUGAUAAAACAACAACUUGAAAGGAAAAAGGUACUUGUCAUUGUUGAUGAUGUGAACGAUAAGGAACAAUUAGAUGCAUUAGCGUGUGAACGUAACUCCUUUGGUCAAGGAAGUAUAAUUAUUAUAACAACAAGAGAUCGACUUUUGCUUCAGCAACUGCAAGUGCAUCUUAUACAUCCAAUUCGAGAAAUGCCUGAAGGAUCCGCUUUUGAGCUCUUCAGUAGGCAUGCAUUUCAAGGUAAGUGGCCGCCUCGAGGAUUUGAUGACCUCUCCAGAAGUGUGGUUGCUUACUGUGGAGGUUUACCUCUGGCUCUUGAAGUUUUAGGGUCUUUUCUCUUUGGAAGGGGGAAGGGAGAAUGGAAUGGCACAUUGCAGAAAUUAAAAAAGUUUCCUGAUGCCAAAAUUCAGUCAAAGCUCAGAAUUAGCUAUGAUGCAAUGGAUUGGAGCCAGAAGGAGAUAUUCCUCCAUAUAUCUUGUUUCCUCAUUGGAAUGGACAAGAACCAUGCCAUACAAAUACUUGAGGGCUGUGAUCUUUCCGCAGAAUCAGAUAUCAGUGUCCUGCUUCACCGUUGCCUUCUUACUGUUAGUGAAAAAAAUAAGCUCAAGAUGCAUGAUUUGCUUAGGGACAUGGGCAGAGAAGUUGUUCGUUUAGAAUUCCCUACACUCCCUGAAAAGCGUAGUAGAUUGUGGUGUGAGAAAGAUAUAAUAGAAGUACUCACUGAUGAUUCUGGAACUGAAGGGACCGAAGGACUUGCGUUAAAGUUGCAAAGAUCUAACAAUAUGAGUUUCAGUACAGAAUCAUUUAGAAAGAUGAGACUGAAAUUGCUCCAACUCAACUAUGUACAGCUCACUGGAGACUGCGAUAAGUUUGCCAAAAAGUUAAGAUGGCUCUGCUUGCGAGGGUUCUCUCAAGAGAUCAUACGCAAUGAGUUUCUUAAUGAACGAAACCUGGUUUCCAUCGACCUGCGGUACAGCAAUCUCGUACGAGUUUGGGAGUAUUCAGGGCUGCUUAAGACACUGAAGAUACUUAAUCUCAGUCACUCACAUAACCUAACACAAUCACCGGACUUUUCAAAUCUCCCAAAUCUCGAGUAUUUGAUACUGAAAGACUGCAAGAGUUUGUCAGAGAUUCAUGAGUCUGUUGGACGUCUUGAAAGACUUGCCGUGGUAAAUCUCAAAGACUGCAUAAUGCUCAAGGACCUUCCAAAGAGUUUUUAUGAGUUGCAAUCAGUCAAAACUCUUGUUCUUUCUGGCUGUUCGGGAUUUGCGAAUUUGGAUGAGGAUAUAGGGAAGAUGAUAUCAUUGAGAACUCUUCUCGUAAGUGGCACAUCCAUAACUGAGAUACCAUCCUCUGUACAAAGACUAUUGCCUCGCCUGGACUUUUCAUCUCGAGACAGCUUGAAACAACAGACCACAGGACCUAGCCAUGACUAAUCUGAUGAGGGCCGACCUUCAAAGAGAAAUGAUAGGGUUAUAAAGCUCGGAGUCGGAGAAGCUUGCAGAAAUCUCUGUUACCAAUGAAGACCUCAUCGUGACUGCACGAAGGGGUCUCUCAUGAGCAUGAAUUCUGACGUUUUCUUGUUUAGGAUUUGCUUCUCUCCCAAUCUUAUCAACCUCCGCAAAUAGCUUGUUAAAUCCCUUUCUCUGACUCUCGGUUCUUAUAUUGCUGUCAAAGGAUUGGUAUUUGGUACCAUAUCCUUAUAAGUUGUAAGGGCAGGUUCAUAACAGCAUUUGUAAUAGCAAUAUUAAGUGGCUAAUGUACUAUUGUGGGAGUUUCAUUCAAAUUGCAAUGUACAGGGUUUGAUGCAUCCUUGUCAGCAAUCAAUCGAUUCUUAGAAAUCUGAACUGGAACUCCUGAUUUUAAGUGUUUGAUUGA